GACGCUCGAUCCGCGAGUUGGCGUCGAGCUUCGGACUUGAUCGCGCGUUUGCGCCAAUUUGAUUUUCGAACAUAACAUUGCAUUUUUCUUUUAUAUAAACACAAGAGAAAUAUACGAACUUUCUAAUAUAAAAUUUAUAGCUCUUUUUUUUUAAUAAUUAUAUGCCAGUUUCUGCUUUUAAAAGUGAUAAACGUUUACAAAGAGAGCUUAAAACAUUUUUUUUGUGUGAGAAAGUAGUGAGUGCGCGCCUUUACAAUAGGACGUCGCCGGACACAAUGGGGCUACUCUCGUAAUUUUUGUAACGAGAAAAUGAAAGCGUUCGCGUCCGCGAGUUCUACAUCGCGAUGCAGCGUUGCCCCUACAUCCACGAGAUGAAGGAGCGGCUGCUGGGGGCGCCGGUGGACGGCGCCGGCGCAGAGCGCGAGGCGCGCGAGACGCCGCGGGAGCGCGCGCUCGACGCCCACGCACAGGACACCCAGGUCGGCACCAUCGUCAAACUGAACUCCGACGGAUAUGGUUCCCACACAUCGCCGGCGCGUGCGCCGCUCGUGACAGACGAGUGCGAAGCGCCGGCCGAUGAGACAGACGCCCUCACUCCCACAGAGGCAGUGCUGCGGUAUCGCGCUUGCUGCCAACCAGAAACUACUCCUAAGAAUGCCAAAACUUCGCUGUUCAUCAUAUCAAGUUUCAUCUACGCGAAGCUUUUAGUAGUGGUAUGCAUUGCUUACGUCAUAAGCGACGUCAUCACCCACAAUUUACCCCUGUACUACUACGAGGGUUUCUUCACCUACCUAUACGGCAUGAGCAUAUUGUUUUUAUUAUACGUCUUUUGCUUCCUACUUCAAGAGAGUGCAUGCUGCAGUGGAAGUCCUCCAAAACCGAAGCCUCCACCGAAAGAGAAGAAACCUAAAAAAGAAAAAGAGAAGAAAACCAAAGAUAAAGAUGUAAAAGAAGGGAAAGAUGGAAAAGAGAAUAAAGAUGGAAAGAAAGACGGGAAAAAGGAUGGCAAGUCCAAAGACAAAGAUAAGGAAAAAGAUGCUGGUAAAGAAAAACCAACCAAAGAGUCUAAGAAACAAAGUCAGUUUCAGGAGGUGUAUCCACGUAAGAUGCGCGAUAAAGUUCGUCAACAACAAUUGCAAAUUCAAAUGGCGCAAUUGUAUGCGUCCGAACAGCAACAAGAUAUUGUCGAGAUGGAGGCUGGCCCUGUUGCAAGACCGGUGCGUCGACGUAAAACUUCCCAAAAUGAUCAUAGCCAUGGUAGUUUCUUCCUUAGAAUCGGUGCUAUUGCAUUUGGCCUCGGUACAAUGAUAUACAAUGGCUUAGAGUUUGGAACGUUCUUUGAAUUGCCACUAGAUUCGCCUUGCUACCUUAUCUUAAAGGGUGUUAAUCCUGUCCUUCAGAUGGUCUUUACAUUUAUGCAAAUGUACUUUAUUUUCAUGAAUUCACGACUUAAUAUUCACCGUUUCAAAGUGAUCGCUCGUUUUGGUUUAAUGCAUGUCGUUGCCACAAAUAUCUGUGUUUGGAUUCGGACAUUGGUACUUGAGUCUCUGAAGGAAAUAACAGAUUAUCACGUGAAAAAUCCACUUGGUGUUCCCGGAGAAGGCGUACUUGGAAAAGUCAUACGAAAGCACACAUUGAGGCAUUCUGGUAAAGUGUUCGGUGCUGCGACCACUGCAGCAACUACUAUUGCUUCGACUGUUAGUACUACAGCAAAGACAGGUGUCGAGCAGAUAUUGAACGUGGUCACAACCACUGCCCCUACAACCACUUCAACCACUACGACCACUCCUUCACCAUACUUUAAUAUGGGUGGUGGGUUCCUUCCUAAAUCAAAACUGAUCGAUACUAUAAAGAGUACUGUAGGGUACGAUAAUGGGAUUCAAUUCGGUCGCGACUCCAAAGACGCGUGGCCUAACGAUAAUCCUUUCACUACUACCUCCACUAUAGCACCAUUAACAACGGAGGCAGAAAAAGUGACUCAAACUCAGACAGCCAUGUUGGAAGUAUUCCAGUGGCUCUCUUCGACUUUCAAACCAAUCGUAAGCACUAUGUCAACUAUGGUGCCAACUUCGACUUCUGGAUCGUACAUUACCGAUAGAGAUGAGUGGGGGAAUAGUGUCGAAACAUAUCGUGUAGACGAACCACCACAUUCGCCAGUAAACAACUCAACGGAAAUCUUCGAGUCGUUUGAUAAUUUGAACCCGGCAGCUUUGAUUGGAAAUAUCGAUAAUACAACUGUAUGUGGAAGGAAUCCAAUUAUGGGCACUAUCGUUUCUGAUUCGGCGCCUUACCUGUACCCUUUUAUUAUCGAGUACUCUCUUAUCGGCGCUGCUGUCAUCUAUGUCAUGUGGAAACAUAUUGGCCGCUAUCCUAGCGUGGCCAACGAUGAAGAUCUGGAAAGACGUCUGGAGGCUGUUCUCUCCCGCAGGGCAGCAGCACUCGCGGCAGCACAGCGUGGCAACCGUGUCGACUGCGCAGGCGCCUCCAAAGGACUCUUCUGUGGACUGCUCCUCCUCGUCGCGUCUCUCAUCUGCUUGAUCCUCUUCUUCGUACUGAUAAGACACCAUGAAUUGAAGCGCCUGUCGAUCUAUUUGGCUGACGUGUCUCAUUGCGCAUUGAUGGUUCUCUCUAUAUUGGCCAUCUUAAUCGGAUUCAUACGUGGUCGAGUAAUGAAAUGGAGCUCAAACCCCCCUUCCUAUACCGAGCCUCUCCGCAGGGUGCAAUCUCUGAAGUUCCGCUCUGAAGAACAGUCCGACCUGAAUGACAUUCUGCUCCGCGUCUCUGCAUUUGGACUCUUCGUCUACGCUGUGUUCAGCGUGAUUGCCGGCGGAAUGGGUGCCUUUGUCAAGGAAUCGAAUUUGCUUGUCAUGAUCACUGGAUGCUUGAGUGUGCUUCAGGUGGUACUUCAACUUUUGUUUAUCGCCGAUGUAUCGCGCCGUCGCGUCCACUUACCUGAACAAGAGCGCAGCAAGCCGGCCCGCCAGGCCGUCACCUUCCUUCUCAUUUGCAAUGUCACCAUGUGGCUCAUCUAUACUUUUGAAGCGCAGAAAGUUCUUGCUAGUCCAGUACAACUGGAUUUCUAUGGUUUCGUUGCUUGGUCACUCGUGCAGCGGUUCACUCUACCACUUUGCAUUUUCCAUCGCUUCCACUCAGCAGUAACUCUUGCUGAGAUUUGGAAGACCAGCUACAAAGCGCGUUUGGAGUGAGCGCCCUAGAAAAACAGGGAAUAUUGGAAUCUUUUCCAAUCGUCAAUGUCGACUAUCUCCUAGCCAGGAAUAAGGAGAACACUACUGAUUUCGUCCUUAUCCGGGACAGCAAUUUUGUAGUUAGAAAUAUAAAAUUUGUUGCUAGUUUUGGCAUCAUCAACUAAUGAUAAAGCGUUAUACUAUAGUAUAGAAUCGUAUCAUGAAUUUAGUACAGUACCUAACUUUCUGAUUUGAUUGCCUAAUAAAUUCAAAGGUGACAAUUGCUAUCCCGGAAUGACUUAUAUGUAGUUGACCCGUGACGCACCCGGAUAUACCUACUCUGAUAAACAUCACAUUGUUUCGUACUAUAUACAUACAUUCACUAUUUAUUUUAUGUUCACAUUCCAUAUUUUUACAGUAUCGUAUAAUAAACUCUGUUUCUUGGAAGACUGACUGUGGAGACUUUAAUGUGACCAAACAUGUAUAUUUUCCUGUUUGUUUCUUUUAAUAGAUACGUAAACAGAAUUGCUCAGUAUUCGGCUUUUUAAGAUCUUGUGAAUUUUUUAAUAUUUCGAUGAGAGAAUUAUAAAUGGAAACCAUAUAAACGAAACAUGAUAAUAGAAAUAAUCCCCAGUUGUGAAAAGUUCCCUCCUUUGUUAGAAAUAAUUUGUGUGCCAUGGUUUUAGGGUUAAGGCUUGAUUAAAAUUCGACAAUAUUUUAUAUUUGUUGGUUCAAAGGGGAUUUAAUGUAUCAAAUUGAUGCUAAUGCACUAGGAUUAUCUGGCUUUGUAUUUGAGAUAAAGGUGCAAAACGUCUUGAAUGUCUAUUUUCAGGAGAUAGGUUUUACGAUCCUGUUUAGAUAUCGCUGCAUAUUUUUGAAGGUAAAAUAAAUUUAAUUACUAUAUUUAAAGUUUCAGAUGAUUUAUUAGCCAACGUAAAUUCGAUAUAAGCAAGUAGAGAUAUUAUUAUUGGAAGUUAAAAUACGAUAAAAGUAAGAUUGUAGUUAAAGCGUCGAGAAAUAAAUUACAUAUAAUUAUAUGUACUUACUUAACUUUAGAGAAAUACAAAAGUAGAUAACGUACUGCUUAAGCUGCAGUAAAAUGCUUGAUACAGUUGGAUCAUUUGGGUAUUUGAGUUUAUUGCAAGGGGCCACGAAUUAUUAAAAAAUAUAUCAAUCUUAAUGCAGUCUUUUUUAUCGCUAAUUAUAGCGAAUUCAGAUAAUAUACAUACUUAUUUACUUAAUUAAUAGACAACAACAGUAGGUUUUUUUACAUUUGUAACGUUUGGUUAUUGGUUCUUCUAUACUCGAUAGUUAUUAUUCGCUGCAAGUAAUGUACAAACUGCGGUGUUGGCGCUAUAAAUUUGGAUUAUACCUUUUGUAAGUUAAGGAACACCAUUGCGUUAAGAUCUUCUCUGCAAGUAUUUUCUUAAUCGUCUUUAUGUGCAAUCUAUUUUUAUAAGCUGACUAAUUUUACACACAUAUUUGAAGUGUCAUUACAAAACACCGUGUUAUGACACGUGAUAUCAUUUUGAUGUUAUGGAUUUUGUAUAAAAUAGUUCAUACUCAAUUAUUUAUAAUAUAUUUAUUAAUUUUGUAAAUUAACUUUUAAGGUAACUUUGUAACUUAUUGAUCUAGGAGUCUGAGAGAAAUGUGUGCUUAGGUACAUUGUAAGAUUUCGAGUGAGUGUAGUUCGUUUUGACUGGUUUAUAUUUUAAUGUUGUAAGACUGCGUAUGCUAUAGUCAAGACUUUUGAAAUCAAUUAUGAAUUGCCAUUUUUACAUUAUUUUCUCUAGAUUUAGUGAUAUGAGCAGACAGUGACUCUAACGUCGUCUCUAAUGUUUUUAAUUUGUCUACUAUUAUUUAUUACAUAUUUUUUUACAGAUAAUUAUGACAAGAUCAUUGUCUUACCUUAAAAUAUUGUCUGUAUUGAUAAUAUUUUAGUUUAGUAAUUAUUUGGAUUAGUGAGAAGGAAAAGAAUCACCUAGCUAGUGAUUUUGAAUUUGAACCUUCAAAUAGAUAAGAUGACGUCUCACAAGUUGUACCUAUGCUGUUUUCAUUGAACAGUACCCACUACCAGGCAUCAGUUAGUUCAAACAAAAAUCUUGACUAUACUGUGCGUUGCCACUAAAUUAUAAACGGUAAAUUAUUACUAAUGCCGAGUGAGUAAGUAAGAUUCAAGAGUCCAAUCGUGUUGAUUUUUGGGAACUCUAUUGCUAAAAUGUACAUGAAUGUUUACUGUGAAAUAGAAACAAUCCGCGUGUUUGGCUUGUUUUAUCACUGCCGAAGUUUUUAACAACAUAAAUUAUUAUUAGUAAGUCCUUUGAUAAAACUAUACUAUUUCUAACUUGUUCAAUUUUGUAGGUGAUAUUUACUGUGUACCUUAAAUGUUUGGAACAAAAUGUACCGAAGUUUGUAACGUUAGGUAUAACAUUAUUAUCAUACUGUGGAUACUCAAUCAGUGUUAUAUAGAGAUACCAAAAAUUAAAAUUUGGAAAUUCUACUUUAAAGUAUAUUAAUAAUAUAUGUAAAUGUCUAUUUGAAAUAAAUCAAAUAAUACAUUAUAUGUGA